AUGCACAUGCCAGCCGUCUUCCUGCGCUCUCUGAAGGAGCAGCUCCAGCUGGAUGUGCGGUAUUUGACCAAGCCGGAAAAGGGCGAGGGCGGGAUUCUUCCGCCGGUGCCCAUGACCGAGAUCGUCGACCAGACAGAACUCAUCGAGUCGUUGCGAAGACGAAUCGCGGAGCUGGAGAAGGAGAACGGCACACAGAACCGCACCAUCAGAGAUCUCGAGGAGGAGCUCAGAAAGGCACAGGAAGCUCUGCGGGCUGCAGGAGCGCCGGUCACCAGCCCUGUGCGCAAGCGACAGCUGCCGGCCUCCAAAGAGUGCCAGACCGAUCCCUGGGCGCCUUUUCCACAGAAGGGGCCGGAGGUUGUCCAGCCAGGCGAGCCGCGCGUGCAGCCAGUGCAGCAAGCUGAUCCAGGACCGAAGCCUAAGGCACCAAAGAAGAAAGGCCCUGUAGCUCAAGCCGAGAGCAGCAGCAGCGAAGAAGAGGUUGAACAGGUUAGCACUAAACCUGUCAAAAGAAAGCCGAAAAAAGAGGAAGGAGAUAAAAUCCGAGAGGUCGUCGACCAUGAUGCCAUCAAGAGACUACAAGCAGAACUGGAGCUCCUUCGUAUGAAACUGGCGGCGGCGGAACGAGAGCUUGCCAAGAUGGAGGGCCUGAAAGAGGAGAUUGAACGAUUGAAGCAGCUUCUUGCCGAACGUGAUGCACGAAUCGCAGAGUUGGAGGAAGAACUCCGAAAGCUGAAGGAGAAGCAAAAGCCAGCAAAAGCUGAAGGCAAGAAGGAGACCAAGAAGCCAACGGUGGUUGCAAAGGAGGCGAGCGGUAGUGUCUUGUCCGUAGAUGAGGUCUCGAAUCUUCGACCCGCCGAGACGGUACAAUGGGCGGGUGGGCAACAUGCCGCUUACCACUCAGGGGUUGAGCUGUACGGAGGCGAAUACGUGUUCGGGGGCGGCGACUCGUCCUUCAGUGGCGUCACGGUGCAACGGCCCCGUGUCCCUCCUCCUGGGAGUGGUUGGGUGUUCUACCAGUCUGUGGACAUAGCACCCUGCCGCAAGUCUCGAGAUGAGGCGCUCCGGAUCAUCCAAGACAUGCGUUCCGAAUUCCCGGCUUCUUCUUACGAUCUGAUGGCGAGGAACUGCAACCACUUUUCCGAUGCCCUCUGCCAGCGACUGUGCAACCAAGGCAUCCCAUCCUGGGUGAACCGUUUGGCGGGCCUUGGCAACGCCGUGCGAAGUGCAGUCGGCAGUGCCCCAGCAGCAGCGCCCAAGGCCAAAGCCGAGGGUGCUGGUGGCCCCGCGGCUGCGGGCCUCGUCGCACGCUCCGUGGAUGGAGAUCUACUGAGCGAGGUAGACUGGCCCAGCGCGGGCGUCCUAAAUGCGUCGGAGUCGGAUCCCACGGAAGCCUUGCGGGCUGGAGGAGUCAGCUCAGAUGCAGAUGGCUCACCUGAACUGCUGCUGCUUUUGCCCUUCAUCUCACCCGUGAAGCUUCAGAAGCUGGUCCUGGAGACCAGCAUGGACAAUGCUCCAAAAGCCCUCCGGCUGUUUGCAAACAGCCCAAAUCUGGACAUGGAUGAUGCUGCUGGGGGCGCCGCCACCCAGGAGUUCAGCGAUAUCAGCUGGGCAGGUACAGGGCCAGUGGCGACUGCCACGAUCGAUGUAAACUUCCUGAAAUUUCAGAAGUUGAGCUUCCUGGCCGUCUAUGCCAAGGGCGAUGAAGACUCUGGCCAUCAAAUCCAGAUCAGCAAACUUGGCCUCGAGCCUGAAAAGAAGAAAGAGAAGAAAUACAAGCAAGAUCCCGGGCCAUCCCAAAGGGGUCCGACAGCUGCACCCAGCAGCGAGGCUCCAAAGGAGGAGGAAGCUCCGCCCCCUGUCGAGACGCCAGAGGAGGCACCUGAGGUGGUGUCAGAGUCUGAGGAGGAGAGCGUGGAAGAGCCGCCACCUCCGAAGGCCUUCGAGGACAAGUGUGUCGGAAAUGGCCCAGGCAAGGGUUUGCAAGAUGAGCCGAUCGUCUGCAAGGGGCGCGGCAUGCAAAAGACGGAUGAAGAGCUCAACAAGACCGGGCGGUGUUACGAGCUGAAUCUCGUCGAACAACCCAAGCUGGGUCUCAUGAAUUCUGGGAGCCUGGCCACCAUCGAUUUGGAUGGAAGCCUGGCUCGGACUGGCAAAGGUGGACGUGCUGGCGGUGCUGGCGUGUACUCGGGAGGCAGUACGCUUUUGGGAGGCGUCCAGUACGCCAGCUCUUGGGGCUCCAAGUCGGCCGGCCGCCUCCUGGCCAACACCUGGCCUGAUGCAGAGCCUUACCUGGCACAGGUGUGGGAGCAGCACCCGAAGGGGCAUAAAGCGCCAGUAAAGCGUGAGCUCAUUAAGCUGGGAGCCAUCUCUCCACACAAAGCGUCCACGACCAGUCUUCAAUCUGUCGAGUCUUUGGGUGGUUCUGGGCAGAAGUCUUUGGCGAGCGACGCCACGGUCAAGUUCGAGGUACUGGAAGCAGCAGCAUCUUCAUAG